GGUGUCGGUUGCAAUGCUCCUUGGGGUGUCCCAUUUGAUGAUAAGAUUUGUGAAGGCCUCAACUGUAAAUCGGGUGGUAUUACCGUGAGUGCCUUAAUGCCUGUAUCAGGUGAUUUUAAUGGUAGUGUUGGUAUUGAUGUUGGUAGUGAUUGUGAUGAUAAUGAUGGAUUUGGUUGA